AAACUAUAUAACGCAUUAUGCAUUACAAAAUAUUCAAUUUAUUUCAUAUACAAUAAUAUAGAUCUAAUAUAAAAUAGAAAUAAUAUGCACUCAAUAAAAAUGUUCACUAUCAGUGUUAUUCUGCUUUCAACCGUAUUAAGAAAUACAGAGACUUACCCAACAAGUUAUUCUAACUUGUCGGGUAGCUCAUCGAAUGUAACACCUGUUACUACGUCUAGCGGUGAAGAUAUUUUUGAUGUUUUUACGGCCUACCCGGAAGAAACACUAUCUACCUUUUUCGAAGAGAAGGGCUUGACUGAAUUAGAAAAAUUGUACACUAGUUACAAUUCAUCAAAAACGUCUGAAACCGAAACGGCAUUUAAAGAUUAUUUGUAUCAAUACUAUACAAACAACGAUAGUCUGGACACCGAUAUUAACGAUCUGAAAGAAUGCAAAACAAAUGGCUCAACUUCAUCCAGCUCAAAUUCUAGCUCUACUAGUAAAUCUACCGAAAGCAGCUCUAGUUCAUUAUCAAAUGUAACACCUGUUACUACGUCUAGCGGUGAAGAUAUUUUUGAUGUUUUUACGGCCUACCCGGAAGAAACACUAUCUACCUUUUUCGAAGAGAAGGGCUUGACUGAAUUAGAAAAAUUGUACACUAGUUACAAUUCAUCAAAAACGUCUGAAACCGAAACGGCAUUUAAAGAUUAUUUGUAUCAAUACUAUACAAACAACGAUAGUCUGGACACCGAUAUUAACGAUCUGAAAGAAUGCAAAACAAAUGGCUCAACUUCAUCCAGCUCAAAUUCUAGCUCUACUAGUAAAUCUACCGAAAGCAGCUCUAGUUCAUUAUCAAAUGUAACACCUGUUACUACGUCUAGCGGUGAAGAUAUUUUUGAUGUUUUUACGGCCUACCCGGAAGAAACACUAUCUACCUUUUUCGAAGAGAAGGGCUUGACUGAAUUAGAAAAAUUGUACACUAGUUACAAUUCAUCAAAAACGUCUGAAACCGAAACGGCAUUUAAAGAUUAUUUGUAUCAAUACUAUACAAACAACGAUAGUCUGGACACCGAUAUUAACGAUCUGAAAGAAUGCAAAACAAAUGGCUCAACUUCAUCCAGCUCAAAUUCUAGCUCUACUAGUAAAUCUACCGAAAGCAGCUCUAGUUCAUUAUCAAAUGUAACACCUGUUACUACGUCUAGCGGUGAAGAUAUUUUUGAUGUUUUUACGGCCUACCCGGAAGAAACACUAUCUACCUUUUUCGAAGAGAAGGGCUUGACUGAAUUAGAAAAAUUGUACACUAGUUACAAUUCAUCAAAAACGUCUGAAACCGAAACGGCAUUUAAAGAUUAUUUGUAUCAAUACUAUACAAACAACGAUAGUCUGGACACCGAUAUUAACGAUCUGAAAGAAUGCAAAACAAAUGGCUCAACUUCAUCCAGCUCAAAUUCUAGCUCUACUAGUAAAUCUACCGAAAGCAGCUCUAGUUCAUUAUCAAAUGUAACACCUGUUACUACGUCUAGCGGUGAAGAUAUUUUUGAUGUUUUUACGGCCUACCCGGAAGAAACACUAUCUACCUUUUUCGAAGAGAAGGGCUUGACUGAAUUAGAAAAAUUGUACACUAGUUACAAUUCAUCAAAAACGUCUGAAACCGAAACGGCAUUUAAAGAUUAUUUGUAUCAAUACUAUACAAACAACGAUAGUCUGGACACCGAUAUUAACGAUCUGAAAGAAUGCAAAACAAAUGGCUCAACUUCAUCCAGCUCAAAUUCUAGCUCUACUAGUAAAUCUACCGAAAGCAGCUCUAGUUCAUUAUCAAAUGUAACACCUGUUACUACGUCUAGCGGUGAAGAUAUUUUUGAUGUUUUUACGGCCUACCCGGAAGAAACACUAUCUACCUUUUUCGAAGAGAAGGGCUUGACUGAAUUAGAAAAAUUGUACACUAGUUACAAUUCAUCAAAAACGUCUGAAACCGAAACGGCAUUUAAAGAUUAUUUGUAUCAAUACUAUACAAACAACGAUAGUCUGGACACCGAUAUUAACGAUCUGAAAGAAUGCAAAACAAAUGGCUCAACUUCAUCCAGCUCAAAUUCUAGCUCUACUAGUAAAUCUACCGAAAGCAGCUCUAGUUCAUUAUCAAAUGUAACACCUGUUACUACGUCUAGCGGUGAAGAUAUUUUUGAUGUUUUUACGGCCUACCCGGAAGAAACACUAUCUACCUUUUUCGAAGAGAAGGGCUUGACUGAAUUAGAAAAAUUGUACACUAGUUACAAUUCAUCAAAAACGUCUGAAACCGAAACGGCAUUUAAAGAUUAUUUGUAUCAAUACUAUACAAACAACGAUAGUCUGGACACCGAUAUUAACGAUCUGAAAGAAUGCAAAACAAAUGGCUCAACUUCAUCCAGCUCAAAUUCUAGCUCUACUAGUAAAUCUACCGAAAGCAGCUCUAGUUCAUUAUCAAAUGUAACACCUGUUACUACGUCUAGCGGUGAAGAUAUUUUUGAUGUUUUUACGGCCUACCCGGAAGAAACACUAUCUACCUUUUUCGAAGAGAAGGGCUUGACUGAAUUAGAAAAAUUGUACACUAGUUACAAUUCAUCAAAAACGUCUGAAACCGAAACGGCAUUUAAAGAUUAUUUGUAUCAAUACUAUACAAACAACGAUAGUCUGGACACCGAUAUUAACGAUCUGAAAGAAUGCAAAACAAAUGGCUCAACUUCAUCCAGCUCAAAUUCUAGCUCUACUAGUAAAUCUACCGAAAGCAGCUCUAGUUCAUUAUCAAAUGUAACACCUGUUACUACGUCUAGCGGUGAAGAUAUUUUUGAUGUUUUUACGGCCUACCCGGAAGAAACACUAUCUACCUUUUUCGAAGAGAAGGGCUUGACUGAAUUAGAAAAAUUGUACACUAGUUACAAUUCAUCAAAAACGUCUGAAACCGAAACGGCAUUUAAAGAUUAUUUGUAUCAAUACUAUACAAACAACGAUAGUCUGGACACCGAUAUUAACGACCUGAAAGAAUGCAAAACAAAUGGCUCAACUUCAUCCAGCUCAAAUUCUAGCUCUACUAGUAAAUCUACCGAAAGCAGCUCUAGUUCAUUAUCAAAUGUAACACCUGUUACUACGUCUAGCGGUGAAGAUAUUUUUGAUGUUUUUACGGCCUACCCGGAAGAAACACUAUCUACCUUUUUCGAAGAGAAGGGCUUGACUGAAUUAGAAAAAUUGUACACUAGUUACAAUUCAUCAAAAACGUCUGAAACCGAAACGGCAUUUAAAGAUUAUUUGUAUCAAUACUAUACAAACAACGAUAGUCUGGACACCGAUAUUAACGACCUGAAAGAAUGCAAAACAAAUGGCUCAACUUCAUCCAGCUCAAAUUCUAGCUCUACUAGUAAAUCUACCGCUAGCAGCUCCUUUGCAACCACAUAUUUUAAUUGAUUCAUUUUCCAAUUGAUUUUUUAUUAAUUAAAAGAAUAGGUGUUGUAAUGCAAUUCCAUUUCUUUUAUUUAUUAUAUAAUAAAUUAUCUUUGAGAAUCGUUA